UAACAUGUUGCAGAGCAGCUCCAGCGGUACCGGCUCUGAUGGAGGAGGAGGAAGCGAUGCGCUCCGGCCGGAAUCGGCUGGCGGUAUUCUGGGCAGUCUUCACCAGCUGCACCGCCUGGUGGGCUCCGGGGAGCCCGGGCUGCAGUGUGAUGCGGCUCUGGGCCUCCUGCGCAGCCUGGGAGAGGAGUGUGUGGUGACCGCGCAGGGGAGCAGUGUGCUGGAUCUUAAUACUUCACUGGUCUUCUCUAAAGAGUUUGGCUUGCUUUUGUUUGUCCGCAAAUCCCUCACCUCCGAAGAGUUUCGAGAUUGCCGGGAAGAAGUACUAAAGUUCUUGUGUACAUUCCUGGAGAAAAUAGGUCAGAAUGUCCAGCAUUAUGCCGUAGACGUCAAG